AUGGGUCUACUCGACAAGUUCAAGACAAAAGGAGCCGCUCUAGGAGAUCAGUUCGGGCAGUUCCCGGGCCUGCAGAAAGACAGCGCACAAGCGACAUAUACUGCCCAGCCUGGUCAGAUCCAGGACCUGUCGUUGGGUCCGGAGAGCGUGAUCAGGUUCAGGAAACAACGGGGUGUCAAUCUCGGUGCAUGGUUCUCCCAGGAGGCGUGGAUCGUCGAUGAACCGUUCAAAUCGGCUGCUCAACCUCGUUCUAGUGAUCAUGACAUAGCAAAGGCCGGAGGCAAGGAAGCCCUGGAGAGGCAUUGGGACAACUGGAUCGUAGAAGACGAUUGGAAGUGGAUCGUCGAAAAGGGAUUCAACACUGUUCGACUGCCGAUAGGAUACUAUCACCUCUCGAACCCAAACGCCUGUCCGGCUUGCUUGAAAAAGACGGAUUUUGAACCUUUCGCUCAGAUUUACGAAGGUGCCUGGCCUAGGAUCGAAAAGGCGAUUCAGGAUGCGGGAAGAUGGGGUCUCGGCAUCCUUAUCGAUCUGCAUGGAGUGGCCGGAAAUCAGAACGACGAUGCUCAUUCGGGAACAUCGUCGGGGAAAACACAGCUCUGGGAUUCCAAGAAGAACUUGGAGUCUACUUCGCUGGCACUCCGCUUUCUCGCUCAACAUCUGGCUCGUAUCCCGCAUGUUGUCGGCUUGCAACUGAUGAACGAACCCAAGAAUAACCAGACGCUCGGAGGGUGGUACGAAUCUACCAUUCGGGAUCUCCAAUUUGUCGUCGUGGACCAUCACCUGUAUCGGUGCUUCACAGCUGAAGAUCGUGGGCUGAGCGGCGAUCAACAUGCUCAAGUCCUCUCGCAGCAGUUCAGGCACACCUUCGAAUCCUGGUCGAAGAACGCCGGCCGAUCGUUGAUUGUCGGAGAGUUUUCAGCGGCACUCGACCCGCACUCAUUCCCUCAAGGGUGUAAUGACACGGAAAAAGAUCGUCAGCGAAGAGAGUUCCUGCGCGCUCAGCUCAACCUGUACGAAGAGUUCUGCGCCGGUUGGUACUUCUGGACCCUCAAGAAGGGCAACGGUUGGGACGCAGGAUGGAGUGCCAAGGAUGCUAGUACAGCCGAGAUCUUGCCCGGAUGGGUCGGUGGAAAGGUCAAGCGACAGAAUGCUGGGGAUGGCGAUAGACAGCCUCGACUUCAACACGCAUUUGACUCCCAUGCUGGGUACUGGAGCACUCAGCCUGGACCUAAAGAACAUGAUAGGUUCUGGGAGGGAAUCAACCGAGGCUGGGACGAUGCGGUCAUGUUCAUGGAUCACCGAUUCGGUCCUCAACGAGCGACUAGCGUCAUCGGUUUCGAGGGACCCUGGAUCAGGAGACGGACGAUUGAGCACCUUCAACGUCGAGGCCAGGGGCCUUGCGUUUGGGAAUUUGAACAUGGCUGGAGACAGGGGGUCGCUGCUGCGGCAGAAGCUUUCUUGAUAUAG